UAAUGUAAAAUGAAAAUAAUAACCUCACAGUCGGCCACUUUUGUUGGUCAACAUGAACCGCUUCCUUAGCCUGGUGCCUCGAGAAAUGUUUUCUUCUACACUGAGAAAAUAAAAUAAUAUUGUCCAAACAAGAAUUUCUUGGUUCAAGAAAUCCGUUCAAAAUAUUUCUUUUAUUAUCAUUAAUUAUCAAUUUCUCGAGAAAAGAGCAUCAAGUUUAUUUUUGUUAUAUAUGAAUUUGAUUUAUUACUAGUAAACAAAAUAAAAAUUAUUUCCAUCAAUUCUACGAAUUCUUGAGACAAAAUUACAUAUUCUCGAAAAUUAUCAAGAAUAUAUGUUCUUGUAUCAAGUAAAUAUUCUUAACAAAAGUAUUUUUGUUUCUCAGCGUAAAAUUUUUCUCGACUAAAAUGAGUGCUGACUUCUUAAAUAACUUUAUCUUAUCAAUUUCACCAAAUUUAAAAUUUUGCAUCCAUGAAAUAUUGUAAAUUAAAAAAAAAUGCACUUAGUUUUAGUUCAUUUUUAGUUUUUAAAUUAGUUACGAUUUUAGCAAUUAAAUUUGGUUAUAAUAAGGCGAGUGAAAGGUAAAAGCAUCAGAUAGUACACACGAUUAUUAUACCCCUACCAUCAGCCGAAAAGAGGACACUCAAUACGCUCUCAGCAGUCUGACUAGUUUUACUGAUGCAGACUUAGAUAUAUUUAUUUUAUACUAAACCUUAGUAGUUCUAUCGAAACUAUUUUUUAUAUUUUCGAUUAUCUCAUGGAAUGAUGUUCUUUACAAUUAUAUAUCAAACUGCGCAAUUACAGAUAAUAACAUAGUACAAACUGAGUAUGAUAAAUAGUCUAAAUGUUGUAAGAGUUCUGUUAUGUAAAAACUUUACCUUAAAAAUAUAAUAAUGUUCAAAUAAAGUUUUGUCGUUUUGGUCAUCCUUAGUAUCAUAAAUGUCACAAUGGCUUUCAAAAUAUAGACAAACGGUAUUUCUUAAAUAUAACACCUAUCAAAUAAGGUUAGCUUUUAUGAUUUUGCAAAGCAAACAACCAAGAAUCUGCAUGUUAAAAGAAACCAUCCGUAAAUAUAAAAUCAAUACUGUGCAUUCAUUUAUUAAAUGAAAGAAUUGCUAAUAAAUUUUUACUAAAAAAUCUAAACUUUAUCGUAACAAAAAUUCUCCUAUAAAAAUAUACACACAACAAAUGAGUAAAGGUGCAAAUGUUUAAAUUUAAAAAAUGCACGACAAAACUGGAGACUCACCUAGAAUUAAUUUUAUCAAAAAUAUUUUUUCAUCACGACGUCUUAAUUUACCAUCAACAACAGUCUUCACUGGAACAACAAUAAGAACAAAGUUAAAUAUUAAUAAUAGUAAAAAUACAAUAACUAAUGAAAUUGGUAGUUUAGGAUUAAUUCCACAAUCGCGUCCGCCAAAUUUACCCGCUAAAAAUUCUCAAGAAGAAUCAUUGCACCGUAAACAACAUGACGCUAUUCUGGAUGGAAUAAAAAAACGUGAAUUACGUGAACAAAAAGAUAAUAAUAAAAAACGUGCUCAACAGUUAGAAGAUGAAAAUAAACUAUCGUCAAAUUUACAGUACUGGUAUCAAAAAGUAAUACCAAAUUUCAUUCAACUCAAAUCGACCACCGAGGUACAUGAUUUAUGGUGGCAAGGAAUUCCAUCAGCUGUUCGAGGACGUAUUUGGUGCCUAGCCAUUGCUAAUAAUUUAAAUUUAACUGCCGAAAUAUUCGUAGAUUGCGUAAAAAAGUUUAACACCAGUAAUCACAUAGAAUCAGCAUCAAUCAAAUUAGAUAUCACGCGUACAUUUCCGUCAUUACAAAUUUUCCAAAAAGACGGACCACUAUUUGAAUCUCUUUACAAUUUGUUAGCCGCUUAUUGUAUUUUCAAACCAGAAAUUGGAACUGGAGAAACGAGGCAUGGAGUAAAAAAUAUUUCAUUUUUGAUUGCUUUACCAUUAUUCAAUGUAUGCAAAGGAGUUGUUGUAGAGGCAAUGCAUGCAGUUUAUCUUGGAGUAAUUCAACGACACACGCAAUUACUUCUUGGUAAAUUUAAAAAUACAAAACGACCAUAUUAUGCUGGAAGUACCACUAAUGUUAAAUUAAUUGAUGAAUGCCUGUUAUCUAUUACGCCUCUAUCUUGUAGAUCACGAACACCAAGGUCUAUAACAACUCAUCAAAAAUGGAAGGCAUCAGAGUGGAGAAAUUGGUUGGAUUAUGCUCCAGUAUGCUUGCAGAGUGUAUUACCUACAAAAUAUGUAAAUCAUCUGGCACUUUUGUCACAAGCAAUUCAUUAUUUGAAUAGUGAUUCUAUUACAUCGCAUAAUCUAAAUCGGUGUGAAAAGUUACUAAAAGAAUAUGUGAGACUUUUUGAAACAUAUUUUGGAGUUGAAAAUAUGACUUUUAAUAUGCACUCGCUCACACAUUUGGUACAAGUUGUACGGAAUUGGGGUCCAAUAUGGGUACAUGAAGCAUUUAUUUUUGAAUCAUGGAAUAAAAAAAUUAUGGACUACGUAACUAGUCCAUAUGCUAGAGCUGAGCAAAUCGCAACACGCUUUCUCACACAAAAAUUUUUAAUUUCUACUGUAUACGAUGAUACCGUAUCCUCGAAAACGAAACACUUCAUUGCUAAACAAAUAAAAAUACCUAUUGAAAGAAAAGAUAGUGAUAAAAAUAGAUUGAUUGGUUUAGGGAAAUGUACAGAUCGUUCACCGACUGACGAUGAACGUACUGCACUAAAUAGAGCUGGUUAUGAACCUACAUGUAUGAAAUGUUAUAAAAAAAUGAAAUUAAAUAGCGUAAAAUAUGAUUGUCAAACAAAAAAAAAAUUUUAAUUUUGUGAUUCUAUAAUUUAUGAUGGAAAUGGAAUAUUUGGAAUUAUAAUUACAAUUGCUCAAUUCGAUAAUGGUGAUGAAACAAUCGGUGGUAUUUUUAUUGAGACUAUGCAGCAUAACAGAUUUGCAUUUAACUCUCAGUUUAUUAAUCAAGUAACUCCAUCGAAUGAGUUAUUUUUUAUUAAAGAAUCUCCAUUUAUAAAACCUGCGAUUAAAGUAGCUACAAAAAAUAAUAUAUACAUUAUGAGACAAGCUAAUUGCUGGGAGACUGAUUGAUUUUCAAUAACGUACUAAUUAUUUACGAAAACAAGCAUUAAAAUCUACUUGUAAUCAGUUUCGCAAUAAUUAACUACUUGAAUCACAUAUAUUGUUUUUCACGAAGUUAUUUUACUGGCAGGUUCGAUCAAAUUACGAUUUUUCAAAUAAAAUAAUGCAUUCUAUGCCGUGACUUGAUAUACAUAUACAUUAGGGUGAUUCGUUUGAAACGACUAUUUUUUUUUCUGGUCCAUCGACGGACUAACGUUAUCAUAAUGCUAUUCGCCCAUAAAAUAAGUGUGAAAAAUUUCAUUAGGAUCCGGUAA